AUCGAUUUUGUUUACAGUCGAUUGACGAUAAUCUUUUGGCACGUGUUGCCGCUGUACCCAAACACCACAGCAUUUCGUAUUUCUUGAUUUUAUUAAAUUGAUAUAAAUAACCAUGUCUAUCUCAGAGAAAAAGAAGACAUCGACAGCGUUGGAGAAAAAUAAAACAUCUGCCGAAUCAGGGAAACAGAAGAAAUCCCCCGAUUUUAAGUCACCGAAGAAGGAUAUGACACCCAACAAAAUCGCUAUGCGCAAAAAUAAGUUUGCAGUUAACAAACCAAAAGGGAGUUUCAAUGCUGAUGCUAAACCCACUGAAAAACAGGAUUGGAAUAAGUUUAAACAGGAGAAGAAGGAGCUAAAGCUGAAACGAAAGAGAACACGAGACACUUAUGAUGUUAUUGUUGAAGUGAAGAAAAUCUACGAGGAGGCAAAAUGUAAUCGUGCUCAGAACAAGAGCGAACUAGUGGAGAAGAUGUAUAAGUUGCUCAAUGAUGGGGAUAACAUUGCCAAAGUGGCCAAGGCUCAUGACACCGCUCGUGUGUUGCAGUGCAUGAUUAAGAAUGCGACUCCGACUCUGCGAGCCGAGCUCUGUGACAAGUUGAUGCCACAUGCUGUGGAUAUGUGCCAGUCGAAGUAUUCGCACUUUUGUGUCCACCGCAUGCUCAAGUAUGGCACAUCGGCCACCAAAUCCAAGCUGGCUGAUUGCGUUAUGGGUCAUGUGGUGCGUCUGGCAGGUCAUAAUAUUGCCAGUAAGCUGCUGGACGAGAUCUAUUUGAGUGCUACGACCAAGCAGCGUUGUUAUAUGCGCCAGGAGUUCUACGGGGAUCUGUACAAGGCGUCCAAGGAUGACAAUGUCCAGACUUUGAAGGAUGCCUACAAGGAUGCCGACAACAUGAAGGCCUCCAUAAUGAGCGCCGUGAAGGCAAACAUUGAUCACAUUGCCAACAAACAACUGGUGGACAACUCUUUGGUUCAUGCCGUCAUUCUCGAGUAUUUCAGAGAAAUUGACAGUGAGAAGAUGGAGGAAUCAGUAAGCGCUUUGGCUCCAUUGAUACCACAUUUGUUGACAACCAAGGAGGGCGUUAUUUCAUCAUGUCUAUGCUUUGAAAAUUCCACACCAAAAAAUCGACGUGCUAUACUUAAGGCCAUCAAGGAGCAUCUGGUGAAGAUUGCCUUACACGAACAGGGACAUGUGUUCCUUAUGACCCUAUUAAAUUCUUUGGACGAUACAAAGGCCACCAAGAAGUCCAUCUAUGAUCCUUUGCAUGAACAUCUGAAAACACUUGCUGCCAAUCCGAAUGGACGUGCUGUACUCCUCUGGCUUAUCGCUCCCGCCGACACGGCCUGCUUCCAUCCGGGCUUAAUUCAGAGCUUGGACAAAAGCUUGAUCUCUAGCAAAAAGGAGAAGAGUGUGCGUCGCAAGGAAAUUCUAGAGCAGAUCGAGGGACCCAUUGCUAAUACCAUAACUGAGGAUGCUGCCUUUUGGCUGUCCAAUAGCACCAUUGGCUUGGUCACUGCUGCCAUACUCAAGCACAUUACUGGUGAACAUUAUGAUAAGACUGCGGCUGCACUUGCUCCAGUUGUCACUCAGUCUGAUUGGCGUCUAACCGAAUUUCCAGCUGAUGGCGAUGCAAAGAAGCCGCAGGAUACUGAAAACAUCAUAGCUGAAGCCACAGAGAAGCGCAAGAAGAAGCAGAAGAAGGCCAUUGUUGAGCCGCCAGUCGAAAGCAAUAAUGAGAAGAGCGAUGAUGAUGAGGAAGGACCACAACCAGUGAAGAAAUCAAAACUGGAAAAGGUCGAAACAAAGCAGCUGCCACUGCAGUCCAAUCAAAUUGGCAUUGAGGAUGCCGGCAUGCAUAUUGUACUGAAGAAGAUCAUCAAAAACGAUCUGACACGUGAGGGAACUCCAUUCGGAGUGAAGCUGCUGGAGAACUUGUCCGAGGAAGUGCUCAAAUCCUGGUUGGUUAUCAAUCGUGCUUGCUUUGUGCUCAUCACGCUGGUGGAGAAUUCUCCAGACUUGAAGAAGACUCUUCUUGUGUACUUCGAGUCAAAGGAUAUGCGCAAGGUGCUGCAGUCCCAGGUGUCGCCGGGUGCUAAGAUGUUGGCCAAAAAAUUGGAUAUUAGCCAAUAGAUGCAUAUAUUUAGUAUCUUAUAUCUAUUGAUUAGUUUUAAAUGAAAUAAAUAAGACGACAAAUGUCGUUGUUGCUUUUUUACCAGGCGAUCUGUGUAAA